UUCUCGCGUAGACCGACCGAGCUAUGGAGGAAGUCAGGAUCGUUUCCGUGCAAAUGGUUGCGCCGGCAGAGCCGCCCAAUCCCUCCUCCUUUCGCGAAUCGAUCAAGCUUACACUCUACGAUCGAGCAAUGCGCUUUGCUCUCUACCAGAAGAGGAUCCUCUUCUACAAUCCGGUGGAGCCGUCCAGCAUCGAUUGCCACAUCCAAUCUCUCAAGGGCAGCCUCGCCCAAGCGCUUGUGAGCUUCUAUCCUCUCGCCGGUAGGCUCUCGAGCUCCUCUCUCGAGAUCGAUUGCUCCACGCUCUCGGUCCAGUUCACGGAGGCAGUGACCGAUGCAACGCUGGGCGAUCUCGCCAUCCGGCCCUCGAGUUUCUGUGACAAGCUUUGCGACAUGGGAUCUUCUCCAGCUUGGCCAUGGAGCCCAGAUUUGCCACUACUAUUCGCACAGGUGACGAGAUUUGCCGAUGGUGGGAUCAGCGUCGCGAUCGCUUUCAGCCACCAAGUUUGCGACGGCGUUAGCGGAUGGCACUUCUUCAAUUCCUGGGCUCAAAUCGCUCGAGAUGGUGUCUUGCGAAAUCCGCCAGUGGUUUCAUACGAAGUGGAAGAACAAGACAUGGAGCUCGAGGAAGCAUUCGAGGUCGCAGCGUCCAUAGGCUACAAAGUCAAGAAAUCAGCGUCAUCACCCCGGGAUCUCUCCAAACUACGCGAAUCAAUCUCCUCGAGGUCUAUGCCGCAGCAGCUGGACGUCAGGCUCUUCCGCCUGGAUCAGAGCCACAUCUCCGAGCUCAAAUCCAGAUGCCUGGAAGAAACUCGCGCCAGCUUCUCCAGCUAUGAAGUCGUGUGCGCGUACUUUUGGACGCUAACCGCGCGCCAUCGCGGCUUGCGCCCGGAUCAAGAGGCCGCGAUCGCGAUUCUUUUCGACAGCCGGGGAAGGUUCGCCAAAGUCCCAGAGUUUUACUUGGGAAACGCCAUCGCCACCGCGAUCGUGAGCGCUCGAGUCGAGGAUCUGACGUCCAAGGGGAUUGGUUACGCCGCUGGCCUCUUGCACGACGCCAUCGUGAGCAUGGACGAGAAGAAGAACCAAGCCCAGCUCAAGUUCAUGAAUCACGUCAUGCAAACCGGAUUCAUCACAGAGAUGGAGAUCGAUCAAGCGUCUUUCAGCCUUGUGGUGAGCUCUCCCCGGCAUCCGGUCUACGAGACGGACUUUGGAUUUGGAAGGCCAGCCGGUGUCACGUUUGGAACCAACGAUUUGAGCGACGGCAAGAUCUAUCUCUUUCCAUCGCCCGCUGGAAACCGGGGUGUGGAAGUGACUGUGGUUCUUCAUCCAGAGAGAUUCACAGUAGAACUAGCAUUAGACGUAGAGAGUAUUGGCUUCCCGCAGGAUAUUCUUGCAAAUUCCCUUAAAUUAAUUAAAUGAAAGACUUUUAA